CCCCCCCGUCACACCCUUUACUUUACACAUUGUUUUCUUGGUUAAACUUCUACACUACUGUCAAUCUGCUACUUUAUUUUCUCCCUGUACAGAGUAUGUGGGAUGGGGAAAGAGAUGAACAUGUCUAUGGAGUUUGUGACAUAGUAGUCCCAGAAAACAGUUGUGCGAACUGCUGAGGCCAAAGGAGUGUGUCCAAAAGGCAAGCUUCUAACAGGAAUAAAAAACGGAUGAGAAGGGAUUCUCUGGGCGCCUGUUUUUGAGCAUUGAGAAGACUGAACAAAUCGGCGGAGGGUUACCAGCUGUUGUUUCCAAUAGCUGUCUGGCUAACGUUUCUUUUUCCUGAUACUGGUGAUGGAAAACCGAAGCAGAAUCAGUGACCUGCUUCAAAGUGCCCUUGACAACCUUCUUCAGGAAGACAUCAAAAGAUUUAAAGACAAACUAUCACAUUCUGACUUUGAGGGGAAAGGUACCAUCCCCCGAGGUCGGCUGGAGAAUGCCGAUAGGACCGAUAUGAAGAACCUCCUGAUGGCAUUCUAUGGUGCAGCGGCUGCAGUGGAUGUAACUAUAGACGUUUUCACUCAGAUCAACCUCCGACAUUCUGCUGCUAAACUCAGAAAAGAAAGAGAGAAAGGUGAGCACGCACAGGAACAAACCUUGGGCAGAUUCCGUGGGGAAAGUCAGAGGGGAAGAUCUCCUGGGAGCCCAGCUGUCAACUUAGGUGGAGGAGGCUUCCCUGCUGCCUUCCGGGUUGGAGAAGAUUUGCAUCCAAAUGGAAAACCAUCCGAGUUGUCUGCAAAAGGGGAAGAUUUUGUGAACCGGCACCGAGCAGACCUGAUCCAACGUGUCUGCAUGGUGGACAGCAUCAUAGACAUGCUGUAUGGCACUAUGUUGGAUGAAGAGCAAUACCAGAGCAUCAGAGCCGAGAAAACCAAUCCAGACAAGAUGCGGAAGCUGUAUGAGUUCAUGCCGAGCUGGAACUGGUACUGCAAAGAGCAGCUUUACCAGGCACUGAAGGCCAAGAACAAGUUCCUCAUUGAAGAGCUGGAGAGCAAAUAAAUACAACCAAUAAAAUGAGCUCCCCCUGUUUCUAUGGGGCUUCACCCCAAGUCUUUUCUCAGGGACACAGGUUGUGACGCUGGCAGACCAGAUGCCAGGUCAUGCCAGAGCCGAUGGCCAAUUCACUUGUGUAUUAGUAUAGAUCAAAGUGCUUGUUAAAUGUAUAAGAGUGUAUUUGGUGUUUAAACUUUAUGAAAACUAGUGGAAUGUUACUU